AAAAGAUGUCUCAAGAACACGAUUUAGAUGACUUAGCUGAACAACAAUUAGCAGAAUAAACUGCUCUAAGCUAGAUUCCUUCUAUUCCUGAUCAGGCCUUACCAACUCGACAAUAUUUGGAGAAAGCAGUUAUCGAUCAAUUGCAUGGUAGAUUUAGUUAAUUAAACCCAAGAUGCCUUAAAGGCUUUGGCAAGGGAGAGACCCAAAAAUCCAAUAGAAUUUUUUUCAUAUUAUUUGUUGACUCAGCAUUGCAACAAAAAGCAAGAAUUACAAGAAUAAUGAAAUUAACUGCAGUAUAAUUGUAUAAUCCCA